AUGUCUGCGAAAUGGCGAGCUUUACAGCAUCGUCAUCGCUACACUUACAGCGCAAUCGUCUUUCCUCAAUACUACAAGCAAAGUCUCAACGACUUCAUUAACUUGUCUGUAUCUCAAGACCAUGAUGCAUCCACUCGUGUGUUCUACUCACAACUCAAUGAACUCGUUUCUCUCAAGUCAACCUACGCACAACUCAGUCACGCUAAAAAACUCGCCUCCGCUUUCACAGAGCUACUUAAAAUCAGCAAUGAAAUCGUUGUUUCUCAAGCGUCCAGAUUCUACCUCGAGAUCCUGUUCCUCGAAAACUCUGUACCAUUACACAGAACUCUGGUUUCUGUUCUUGCGAAAACUAGAGAUUUCCAGUCUGUAAUCGGUGAUUGCUUUCGUUCUCUAUGCGAAGAGUAUGCAGAUUUGAAUGGGAAUGGAAAUGAAAAAAGGAAGAGGUUUUGUGUUUCACGUGUAGGUCUGUCGAUGAUGAGCUCCCCAAAACUUGGGUAUCUAGUGGAAGUUGUUGAAGAAUGUGCGAUUCUAAUGAGUUUAGAUGUGGUUUCCAGUUUGAAAAGUGUCGUUUUAGAGACUAAUGAUUGGUGUAGGCCAUCACCAAUCGUUAUGGAACAAUGCCAAGAGGCUUUAUCUUGUACCUAUUACUUGCUUCAGCGAUGUCCUUCUAGAUUCACCAGUUUGAUUGGAUUACAUGAUUCCAAUAUCAUGGAGACGAUCCUCACCACCAUUUUAAGUAUUUUGAAAUCUGAAGCGUUUUCAAGGGAUUGCUUCGUGGCUGCAGGAGUGAGCUUUUGUGCAGCUCUACAAGUGUGUCUCUGUCCUGAAGAACUUGGAUUGUCACUUAUGGAAGGUAUCUUUCAUCAUUCUUUAAAUCCCAGUAACACAUUUCAAACUGUUGUCAUGAAGAUUCCAUACAAAGGGAAUCUGUUUUCAGAAAUUCAGAGUUUCUCUCUUCUCAGUAGGCUAUGUUUGAUUAGAGGCAUCCUAACUUCAAUACCUAGAACAUUACUCGAUAUUCCAUUUGAAUGUGGUUCUAAAGAUUGUGAAACGAUACUUUACAAUGGCAUCUUACCUGAGCUGUGCAAAUAUUGUGAGAAUCCAACCGAUAGCCACUUCAAUUUUCAUGCAUUAACAGUGAUGCAGAUUUGUCUGCAACAGAUAAAAACUCUGAUACAAACCACUUACAUUGAUGAUGCAAAGAAUCAUAAUCCCAUUUCAGAUGACAUAGGUGCCCGUGUAUUAAGAAUUAUAUGGAACAAUCUUGAAGAUCCAUUAAGCCAAACUGUGAAACAAGUUCAUUUGAUUUUUGAUAUCUAUCUAGACAUACAAUCCAGUCUCCCUUCAACAAAUGGAAAAGAUAAAAUCCAAUUGUUCUUAAGAAAGAUUGCUUCCAAUCUUCUUCGAAUGGGUGGACGUUGCAAGGGUAGAUAUGUCCCAUUAGCUUCUCUUACAAAAAGACUUGGAGCAAAAAGGAUUUUAGAAAUGAAUCCUGAUAUGAUGUUUGAAACAGCAUGGGCAUAUGUUGAUGAUGAUGUAUGUUGUGCUUCCACCACUUUCUUGAAAUGUUUUCUUGCAUCUUUGCGUGAUGAAUUCUGGAGUUCUGAUGGAGUGGAAAUCGGGUCUAGAAAUUACAGAAAUGCCCUUUUGCCUCCGUUUUUACACGGGCUUGCUUCUGGAAACUCAAAGCUAAGGUCAAAUUUAAACACAUAUGCGUUUCCAGUGAUUCUUGAAGUGGAUGUUGACAUUGAACAAAAGGUAGCUGUUCUUGUUUCACUCCUCAAAGUUUCACGUUCUCUUGCUUUGAUAGAAGGAGAUAUUGAUAGAUUCGAGAGUUCUGAAGCAAAUACAGAUUCCGAAUACGCCCUUGUCUGUGUAAAGGGUAUAAAGGUCAAAGUCCUUGUAAACUGGCUAACCUUGGCUUUAACUCAUGUUGAUGAGUCUCUUCGAACAGAUGCAGUAGAAUCCCUCUUUUUAAACCCUAAAACAGCAAGUCUUCCAUCUUCUUUAGAGCUAAGCAUGAUGAAAGAAGCAAUGCCAUUAAACAUGAGAUGCUCCUCAACAUCUUUUCAAAUGAAGUUAACAAGUUUGUUUAGAAAAUUCUUUUCACGUGUUAAAACUGCAUUAGAGAGACAAAUCAAACAAGGAACAUGGAAACCUAACAAUGGGAACAUUCUUUAUAAAGAAGAAAAAGAUUCCAAUUUCAAAAAAGCAGAAGAACUUUUCCAUUUCAUGAAGUGGUUGAGCACCUUCUUGUUUUUCUCAUGCUACCCUUCAGCUCCAUACGAGAGGAAAAUAAUGGCAAUGGAACUUAUCCUCAUAAUGAACAACACUUGGCCAAUUUUACAAAAACACCCUUCUGAAACCAUAACUCCAUAUGAUGCGAAGUUCACAUCACCUGAAUCAACUUUGUUGCUAGUGGGAUCAAUUGUUGACAGCUGGGAUCGAUUAAGAGAGAAUUCCUUUUCGCAUUCUUCUCAAUUUUCCAACUCCACUUCCUGGAAUUUUGACCACAGAAAAAGUCAAAGAUACCUCGGAUGGAUUGUGAACACAUCUUCUAAUGUUGUUAUGUCUUCUUCUUCUUCUUCUUCUUCUGAUGAUGAUUCCAAAACUUGUUUCAAUUCCCCUGUUGUGGAAUAUGUGACAUGUCUUAUUGAUUGGUUGCAAUCUGCUGUUGAAAUGGGAGAACAUGAUCUUUCAGAUGCGUGUAAGAACAGUUUUGUUCAUGGGAUUUUGCUAACACUUCGUUAUGGUUUUGAGGAGCUUGAUUGGAGUUGUGAUAAUGUUUAUGGAAUGAAGUGUGCAUUUGAGAAGCUUCUUGAGUUGAUUAUGAGAAUUACUUCAAUGGCUCUUUCUGUGGUUUCGGCUGAUGCAUGGCAUAUACCUGCUGACAUGGAUGAGGAUGACCUUGUGGAUGUUGAUGAUGAUUCUUACAUGUGGGGGGAAGGUAAUGCUGACGUGGAUGCUGAAAAAGAAAGGAAUGGGUCAAAAUUGGUGCAGGAUGUUGGACCUUCUGAUCAAGUUGUUAUGGUUGGUUGUUGGCUUGCAAUGAAAGAGGUGAGUCUUCUUUUGGGAACUAUUAUAAGGAAAAUUCCUUUGCCUACAUCAGAUAUAUCAAGGGAUUCGGAUGAUGUUGUGUUGGAUUUCAAUCAGCUAGAGACUAUUGGGAAUCACUUUUUGGAAGUUCUAAUGAAAAUGAAGCAUAAUGGUGCAAUUGAUAAAACUAGGGCAGGUUUUACUGCUUUAUGCAAUCGAUUACUUUGCUCAGAUAAUCCAAGACUUAGCAAAUUACCGGAAUCAUGGAUGGAACAGCUAAUGGAAAGAACAAUAGCGAAAGGACAAACAGUAGACGACUUACUAAGAAGAAGCGCGGGAAUUCCCGCUGCAUUCAUCGCCUUUUUCCUUUCAGAACCCGAAGGCACACCAAAGCGACUCCUCCCACGCGCCUUACGUUGGCUAAUCGAUCUAUCCAACAAAUCCAUAACCAAUCAAAACGAAUCUGGAUCUGGAUCCGGAUCCAAAUCGGACCCAAAGAUCCGAGAUGAAGGCGUGAUUCCAACAGUACAUGCGUUCAAUGUUCUUAAAGCAGCGUUUAAUGAUACGAAUCUUGCGACUGAUACUUCUGGGUUUUCCGCUGAGGCUAUGAUUAUUUGUAUACGCUCGUUUUCUUCGAAUUAUUGGGAAGUUAGAAAUAGCGCGUGUCUUGCGUAUACAGCUUUAGUUCGUCGGAUGAUUGGAUUCCUUAAUGUGCAAAAACGUGAAUCUGCUAGACGCGCGUUGACUGGCCUUGAAUUUUUCCACAGGUACCCAUCAUUGCAUCCAUUCUUAUACAGCGAACUAAAAAUAGCCACUGAGCUGCUAACCACCGGCUCACGUGACCUGGCUCAAGCGGUGCACCCAAGCCUAUGUCCCAUGCUAAUUCUCUUAUCCCGGCUCAAGCCUUCAACAAUUGCAAGUGAAUCCGGAGACGAAUUGGACCCCUUUUUAUUCACCCCCUUCAUCAGAAAAUGCUCCACUCAAAGCAACCUUCGAGUCCGUGUCCUUGCUUCACGCGCUUUAACCGGUUUAAUCUCAAACGAAAAACUCCCCCUCAUUUUAGUCAACACAGUCAACGACCUACCACCUUCCACAACAAAAACAAAUCCUCCCGUUUCUUCAAACACAAUUCACGGCUUACUCCUACAACUAAUCUCUCUUCUCGAUAUCAAUUGCAGAAACUUAAUAGAUUCUGAUAAAAAAGAUCAGAUUCUAGAUGAGUUAGUUGAAACCCUCGUCACACGUUCUUCCAUCGCCUACCCGGAAACCCGCCCGACCUGCCCGACGCUUGUUACGAGUUUCUUACGGGUUCUUGAUAUCAUGCUAAGUAUUGCGAAAACGUACGAUGGAAGCAAAAGCUUUGGCAAAAUUCGCGAUCUUCUUUCGGAUUUAUCUUCUAGAAGCUUGGAUAUGGAAGCUUCUUUUGGAUUACCUUAUUUCGAUCCGACAAUAUCCGAAUGCCGAAAACAAGCUGCCACUUCGUAUUUUAAUUCGAUCCAACAUGAAUCACAGAUUCAAGAUCGAUUAAUCCGGUGUUUUUCCGAUCCAUCUUAUGAAGUUCGAAUCGCAACGUUCAAAUGGCUUCUUCUGUUUCUUAAAACCUCGGAAUCCAAUUCCGGUUCCGGAGUCUUGAUCGAGUGGAUGAAUCUCCAUCUCCAUACGGAAAUGGUGAAUCUUUUGUCUUUAGAAAGGAAUCACAAAUGUGUUUACUACAUUUUAAAAAUACUCUUCGCUUUCCACAAAUCAUCUCCGGAAUCAAGAUUCCCGGGAAUCACCGAUUCCGAUUCCGUACUCCUCUUCUGGGAGAAACUAGUUUCGUUAUACAAACUCACCCGACAUAUGAAGACCCGCGAAACGAUUCUAUGUUGUAUGGCAGUUUGUGUAAAACAGUUUGCUAACAUGUUCAUGAGGAAUAACCAUGAAGUGUACGAUAGCAUCAGCUACUAUGUUGACCUGGUCAAACUACAUUCAAACGCGUCAGAGCCUGUUAACAUCAGGAAAGCGGUUUCCGAAUCGAUAAUCGCAUCUGGGUUACUUCAAACGGUUGACUUCAUUGGUCAACAUGUUGACUUUGAUCGUGAUCUAGACACUUCCAUUAUUAACAUGUAUGCUUCUAGAACACUUGAUUUGUGGUCUGUGUGUAUAAAGCUUCUAGAAGACGAGGAUGCUUCUCUUAGAAGCAAACUAGCAACCGAUGUUCAAAAGUGUUUCACCUCGGAAACAUACGGAAUCCCGAGCCAAGUCGAUAAAGUGAUAAUCUCGAGUUUUGAGUAUUUGACUUCGGUUUUUGGUCAAUGGGUUGACUACUUUGACUAUCUUUGUGAUUGGGUGUUGAGUGGUUCUGAAAAUGUUGUGUCACGUGGGGAUCUUGUGAGACGUGUUUUUGAUAAGGAGAUUGAUAAUCAUCAUGAAGAGAAGUUGCUUAUUUGUCAGAUUUGUUGUUUGCAUUUGGAGAAGCUUCCGGUGUCUGGAGGUUUGGAUUUGUUAUAUGAAUGGCGGAGGAGAUUCUUGCGGCGGUUUAUGGUGGUUUCCGGAGACCUUGGUGGGAAGCAGGCGGUGAAGUGGAUUGGCGGUUUGGGUAACCAUAAAGAUGCGUUUUUGCCGGUUUAUUCGAAUCUUCUUGGUGUUUAUGCUUUGUCACGGUGUAUUUUCAAGUCAAAGUCAAACAACAUCGGUUCCGUUUCCGAUUCCAAUUCCAAUUCCGAUUCCGGUUCCGGUUUGUUAGAAAUGGCGGAUCUUAAAGAUGCUAUUAAACCUUUCCUUGGUAACCCUCUUAUUUGUAACUUGUUUUUAUCGGUUGUUAGACUACAUGAGGAAUCAUUGGGUGAAAAUGCUGGCUGUUUGACCAGUGAGUUGACCGGGGAUGAAGUUGGGUGGGAUCGUUUCGAUCCUUAUUUUCUUCUUAGAUGAGAAAAUUUAUAUAAUUUAUGGGAUUUGUUUCUAUGCAUUUUUGCAUAAUUUGAUCCGGUUUUGCAAUUAAAAAGUAACGAGAGAUAAAAAUGAUUGUAAAAGUGGGAAUCUUUUAAGAAAGAAAAAUAUGCAAGAG